UCUGUUUCCCCCGGACUGAAUCUGAACCCUGAUGAAUGUAAAUCCCCAAGCAGCGGAGUCUCAUGGACAAUAGCAGGAUGGGGGAUGAAAUGCAGCAAAACCCACCAUUAUUAAACCCGCCUACAAUCUCCUCCUCAACUGUACAGAUAGAUUCGUAUCCUGGACAAAUUUAUUACCUCCAAUCCCAAAACCCUAUGCCUAACUCUGAUCCUAAUUGCUUUACAAGUAGUAGUUUGAAUGCGCUAAUAGUUCAACCACCUGGGGUUGAUCCCAGCACGCCUGUGACUGUGAAGCCGAUUGGCAGCCACGUUCCUUCUGGUUAUGAAGCGCCCCAACUGAGCUUGGCCUACACUUACUCCCAGGCCGUGGCCUCUGCCUCUGCUCCCUAUUAUCAAGAUCCAAACGCUGCUAUUACGCCGUAUUGUUUGAAUACUUAUGCCGAGGGUAUAACAAUGCCUUCAACUGCUGCACAGAAACUGGUGACCGUCAAUUCAGGUUCCAUUUUAUGGACCAACUCGACUACUGGUUCACACAAAACUAGUGCUUGGAAAAAGGUCCCCAAGAAAAUAAAGGUUGUACAAUCUGCCUGGUGUGAGAUUUGUAGAGUUGACUGUAAUAGCAAAAACGUUCUUGACCAGCAUAAGCUGGGAAAGAAACACAAGAAGAAUCUGGAGAAAUUAAUAGUAGCAAAUACAAGCAUGGUGGCACCUGCUACUAUUUCAGCUUCUGUUCCUCCUGCUGUGUCAACAGUUUCUGAUAACCCAGUGAUCGGACCGCAGGAAAACCCUGAUAAGGCAAAAUCUGCGGUUAGCCAAAAUGGGCGUAAGAAAGCAGCGGAUGCCGAGGAUUUGGAGACAAAGAGGAAAAAAAUUGUGGAAGGAGGGGCAGCAGUAGAUGCUGUCCGAACAUGUGCCGUAUGCAAUGUGGUUUGCAAUAGUGAGACAGUUUUUAGAUAUCAUCUUGCUGGUCAAAAGCAUGCUGCCAUGAUGAAGAAGCAUGCUCAGCAUGCUUUUGCAACAGGAGUGGCUGCUGCCACCUAAAUAUGGCGAUAAAUAAUUUUGAAGAAUCAAAUGUAUAUUACCUUUUUUUGGUCAUCCAUUUUCUUUUUGUUUAUUAGUUUAUUCAUACCUGCUUCCCUCGAGGGGAGAUUUUGUAAACGGGUUUUAUGAACUUGUAUAGAAAAUGUCUCUUGACUGAAUAUAAGUUAACAAAAAUUUUGUUCGUGUA